UCUCAGUCUGUUUACAAAACCCCUCCAACGUCACCGGUCGGCGGAUCAUCGUCGUCGUCGCCGAUAUGGCUGACAUAAAUUCUGAGGUAGUGUUAGGCAUGUUCCUACAGCAGCUGAUCAUGGAGACAACAUUUAUGUUCAUUGUCCUUACUUUAGCACAAGUUCCAGCUGAGAGAUCAGAAGAGAAUGAUAAUACUGAGGGUGGUGAUGAUUCUGAGAGUCUCUCUGGAGAAUGUGUGGAUGAUGAAGAAACUGGCUCUGAAGAAAUUGAAUUAGAUUUUACUGAUAAUGCAGCAUCUGAGAAUCAAAACCCGCGAAAGAGGAGCAGAAACGGUGACAAUGAGGCAUCAGGAUUGGGGUAUUUGAUCAAGGUCGCCAAAAUUUACAUAGUCGUGAGCGUCCAGAUCAAGAGUAUGCUGCUCAGACAAAUAGGGCAUGAUGAUGAGGAGUCUGAAGAUCGAAGAAGGGUUGUUGAAGAACUUAGCAAGUUGCCUGGGUUUAGUUCAAGGGAUCGACUUCGGGUUGUGACUAGAAUCGCUACAAACCAGGCAGUUGUUCAUCUGUUUCUGAGCCUUUCCGAUGUCGAAAAAGAAGAAAUGGUAGAAAUGAUGUUAGAUGGUACUUUGUAGUUCCUUGAAAUGGGUACCCGUUCUCAUUCAAGUGAACUAAGAAUUUCAUUUAGGUAGUGUUUGUAUUUUUACUUAAUUCUAAAUAAAGUCUUAAUGUUUAA